CCCACUGACCGUCUUCUCCUCUCUCGAGAACUGACAGUAAUCUCUCUCAAAGCUCAUCGCCCAUGGCGAGUCUCCUCUAAAGAAUCAAUCAGAACUCACAAAAUGCCUUCCAAGGAUCGAAUAUCCUACUUCUACGACGGAGAUGUGGGUAAUGUUUACUUUGGACCAAAUCAUCCCAUGAAGCCUCAUCGUCUGUGUAUGACUCAUCAUCUUGUGCUUUCAUACGAACUUCACAAGAAGAUGGAGAUAUAUCGGCCUCACAAGGCAUAUCCAGUGGAGCUAGCUCAGUUUCAUUCUGCAGAUUAUGUAGAAUUCUUGCAUCGGAUCACUCCCAACACACAACAUCUAUUUGCAAAUGAGUUAGCUAGAUAUAAUCUCGGAGAAGAUUGCCCUGUGUUCGACAAUAUGUUCGAGUUUUGUCAAAUAUAUGCUGGGGGCACAAUAGAUGCUGCACGUAGAUUGAACAAUCAACUCAGCGACAUUGCUAUAAAUUGGUCUGGUGGUUUGCAUCAUGCAAAAAAAAGUGAAGCAUCAGGGUUUUGCUAUAUCAACGACUUAGUCUUGGGAAUACUAGAGCUUCUCAAGUAUCAUGCUCGAGUGUUAUAUAUAGAUAUAGAUAUUCAUCACGGUGACGGAGUUGAAGAAGCGUUCUACUUCACUGACAGGGUGAUGACUGUUAGUUUUCACAAGUAUGGAGAUAUGUUCUUUCCUGGUACUGGUGAUGUUAAGAACAUAGGUGAAAGAGAAGGGAAGUAUUAUGCUAUCAAUGUCCCACUCAAGGAUGGGAUAGAUGACAACAAUUUCACUCGUCUUUUCAAAACUAUUAUUGCCAAGGUUGUAGAAACAUAUCUACCAGGAGCAAUUGUGCUUCAAUGUGGGGCUGAUUCACUAGCUGGAGAUCGCUUGGGAUGCUUCAGCCUCUCCAUUGAAGGGCAUGCUGAAUGCGUGAGAUUUGUGAAGAAGUUUAAUAUUCCUCUAUUGGUAACUGGAGGAGGGGGGUACACGAAAGAAAAUGUAGCCCGUUGCUGGACGGUUGAAACUGGGGUACUAUUGGACACAGAGCUUCCAAAUGAAAUUCCAGAGAACGAGUACAUCAAAUAUUUUGGCCCAGAUUAUUCGUUGAAGAUUCAGAGUGGUCAUCUGGAGAACUUUAAUAGUAAAUCAUAUCUGAGUGCAAUCAAAGUGCAAGUUCUUGAAAGUUUGAGGUGUAUACAACAUGCUCCUGGUGUACAGAUGCAAGAGGUUCCGCCAGAUUUCUAUAUUCCAGAUUUUGAUGAAGAUGAGCAGAACCCAGAUGAACGAGUACAUCAGCACAUCCAAGACAAGCAAAUCCAGCGAGAUGACGAGUAUUAUGAAGGGGACAACGACAAUGACCAUGCAGAAGAUGGCCUAUAUUGUAAUGUCUAA